GUCGCCGACCAUCACCAUCCCCUCGUUCCGCACUCCCCUCCUUUCCCGACCCUCACGCUCAUUUUUGGUUCUGGUGCUCGGUUGGAUCACGACAAAUACAGCAGAAGGAAACUCGGAAGUAAACCUCUUGUAACAUCAUGCUCGAGAAGAUUUCAAAAUCCAGGGCGCACGGAGGGCUCAUCGGCACUCACCAUCGCAAGCGCGAUGGAAACGCGUGCCAGACCGGCGGAUUCUACCAGUCGCCAGCCGCGAAUCAAAGUGUCCCUGCGUCCACACCGUUCAACAUCACUUGGGACUCUACAUGUUUGUCCACCACCGCCAUCGACAUCUAUCUCUACGAGCCAGGCGCAGCAAAUUCUCGUAUCCACCUCUGGGAAACCGUCGACUUCUCCACGGGUUCCUAUGAGACUCAGCUACAGUCUUCCUGGUGGAACUCCACGCCCAGUGUUAAUCUUCAGCUGGCGAUCGUCCAGUCCGGCACGCCGCCCUUCAUGGCUACCCUCCCUGCCGGCCCAGUUUUCCAGGGGACAUACACUGGCACGUCUAAUGCCACUACGACAGAUGACGCGCCAGCCUCUGCGAUACAGGUCGUGAACAAUGUUCCCCAGCCCAAGCAGGGCUUGUCUAAGGGCAAGUUAGCCGCUGCUGUCAUCAUGCCUCUCCUCAUCAUUGCCGCUAUUGUCGCUGGGGUAUACUUCAAGAUCAAGAGGCAGAAGGGCAAGGAGAAACGUAAGAGAUGGAGCGAAAUGGUCGACAAGCGCAUGUCCACUAUUUCCACCGACUGGAAGCCCGUCACUGUGGCAGGUGCUAGUGCCGCCAUCCGUGCCAGUAUGGCCGUUGGCGAGAGUGGUGACAACCGCCAAUCGUCCUUCUCGUUCGGCGCUAUUCGUCCGGCCAGUAUUGCGGCUCUCGACGGCGGUCAAGCAGGCAUUGGGGCAAAGGGUCUUCAGUCCGGUGGUAUUGAUCUCACCACGCCGCAGUCGAGUGAGCUCGUCCCAGGUCCUCGCACUCGCCCCAGGGCAAACACUGCUACCAGCGAACGCAAGUCACGCAUCUCGUUCGCAGCCGACACUCGUCCUUCUGGCGAGAGUCGCCGUAGCCUGCACAACACUCGCACUAGUCGCGCCUUCCACGUCGGACACGUUCCGCCUCUUCCAACGCGGCCGGAUACCGAUGAGAUCUCGCCCAUCCAGAAGGAAGGCCCGUCGUCGUUGACGUUUGAGGAUAUCAACCGCCGCAUGUCUGGCUUUGAUGUGCCGCGCUCAAGCAUGGACGAGGUCAUGCCCGCUAUCACGAUGAUGCGCAACGACGACCUGGUCCAGCAGCAGUCCACCAUCAACCCCAACCCCCCAAUGUCGAUGCCCGUACCUAUGAUUGUUCUCCCGGAACCUGCUUUGCAGUCUCCCGUCAUGAGUUCCAUGCCGAUGCAACCAAUGUCUGCAAGUGUCAUGUCUCCAGAUGAGAUGCUCCGUGCCUACGCCGAGCAGCGUCGCGCCCUUGCCAGCCCUCCGCCCGCCGGCGCCCCUGCCCUGCCAUCCCCCGCGCUGAGCUUCAAUGGUAGCGGCAUGCGUGUCCUCUACGCCCCGGAUAACCGUCAAAGCCUAUCGCCCACCGAGCACAGCAAGUACUCAGAGGCCGAUGUCUACACCGGAACCGCUCAGUAACCUGGUCCUCUGCGUCUCCCCACACACGUCACCAGCUAUCCUGGGCGUGAGUUGUAUGCGACAUCUCCUGUAUCGCUCGCCUCACCUUUAGGUGAACAGUGAGCAAAACGGCUGUUUGGUCCACAUUUGGUUGUACGAUUUAUCUCCAAUUAUAUAUUUACUUCUCUCAUCUCGUAUCCUAUAUCCUCGCCCACUUUCUCCUAACCCCUCCAUCGAGCUUUAGCCGUAGCUGUGUGUCCAUCGCCCUUCUUUGAAACUUCCGCGACCUGUGUUACUGUUCUGGCUCGCUCACCUUUGACUGCCUUGAACUCUACCUAGGCUGUUCCAUGUCUCCGCGGACCCGCUCUCACGGAUCCUCAUAAUCCCCAUAACGACCGCGUCGUUUUUGUAUACCCACGUAACCUAGUUCCCUUGUCUUCGCCGAGUGAUUAUAUCCUACGCCUUCCCAUCCCCGCUCGGUGCUGGCUGACUGCCCGCUGUCGUAGACGACAGCUCCU